AUGGCUCAGGAGCAUAACAUGGAUAUGUAUUCUUUGCAUCACAAUGGGACUGUCUCUCGGUAUGAUGAAAGAUUGAUUGUGAUUACAAAAGGCCAAAGUCUUGAAUACACCAGGACUCUUUCUCUUGUUGUUAGCAUCGAUCUAUCCGACAAUAAUUUAAGUGGAGAGUUUCCCGAGGGAAUAACAAAAUUAUUUGGUUUGGUGUUUCUAAACUUGUCCAUGAAUCACAUCAUUGGUCAAAUUCCUGGAAGCAUUUCAAUGUUGUGUCAAUUGUCCUCUCUUGAUCUAUCAAGCAAUAAGCUUUCUGGCACCAUUCCUUCAAGCAUGCCCUCGUUGACAUUCUUGAGUUAUUUGAAUCUAUCAGAUAAUAAUUUCUCUGGUAAGAUCCCCUUUACAGGGCAAAUGACAACUUUCACAGAGUUGGCCUUUGCUGGAAACCCGAAUCUUUGUGGAACUCCACUAGUCACAAAAUGUCAAGAUGAAGAUCUAGAUAACAGACAAAGUGCUCUUGAGGACAAAAUUGAUGGUAGCUAUGUUGAUCAGUGGUUUUACUUGAGCAUUGGUUUGGGAUUUGCGGUGGGUAUUUUAGUUCCAUAUUUUGUUUUAGCAAUAAGAAGAUCUUGGUGUGAUGCCUAUUUUGAUUUUGUGGACAAAAUUGUCAAAUGGCUACUGAUCAGAAGAAGAGUGACCGAUGCCAAAAAUCAUGCUCGAAGGCAAUAA